AUGGGGAAGCACUCCGACCCGACCUCGUGGCGACCACGUUCCUUAAACCUCGCCACCGCAAACCGUCACCUCCACCGCCUCGGUCCAGAUUAUACUCCUCAACCACGGACCGCUGUGUCCCCUUCGUCCAUGUCGCGUAAAAGCCAGUCAGUGGAGGCUGUGCAGCCUGAGUAUGCAGAGGAAGAAGUCGCCAGCGGGGCAGGGGAGGGAGAUGAAGUGAUGGAAGACGUCGAAGAGCAGGAAGAGGGUUACAGCUCAUCGACACCGACCUCAACGCUAACAUGGAUCAGCUGGUUCUGCUCCUUACCCGGGCACGAAUAUUUCUGCGAGGUCGCGGAGGACUUCAUAGAGGAUGAUUUCAAUCUCACCGGGCUGAACGCGAUGGUACCGUUCUGGAAGGAAGCGAUGGAGAUGGUGCUGGAUGUCGAACCAGACGAGGAUGCGGCAAAGAUACCAGAUGUCUCCAUUGUGGAGGCAUCUGCGGAACUGCUGUACGGACUUGUACACCAACGUUUUAUCUUGACGCGCGCAGGACUGCAGGCAAUGGUGGAUAAGUACGAAGCGGGUGUAUUUGGUUCAUGUCCACGCGUCUAUUGCAGUGGGUGCAACGUCGUUCCCUGUGGACGCUCUGAUCUACCAGGCCUCGACACCGUGAAACUAUUCUGUCCCAACUGUAGCGAUAUAUAUACCCCACCAAGUAGUCGGUUCCAAGGCGUAGACGGUGCGUUCUUUGGGACGACAUUCGCGCAUCUGUUCUUCCAGAGCUACCGGGAGCUUGCACCCGCGCCAUUCUGGAAGCCCCCAACAUCCUCUGGAUCGUCAACAUCUCCCCGUUCGUCCGGUGAUUCAUCCAACGCGACGCAGUUCGUCAAUCCCAACACUCAUGGAGGUCAGAAGCGGGCUGCGGGCAAAGUUUAUAUCCCGAAGAUAUACGGAUUCCGGGUCAGCGAGCGGGCAAAGAACGGCCCUCGAAUGCAGUGGUUGCGACUUAGGCCGAGGAGCCCUGAAGAGCUGGAUAUGGUUGACUGGCGAGGUAGGUGGAUAGACGAGGACGAUGAGUACGAUGAAGACGAGGAGGAGAUUGACGAGGACAGGCCGAUGGAAGACUUCGACCCGGAUGCUGGGGAAGGGGAGGAUGACGAUGAGGAAGAAGAGGAGGAGGAAGAAUCACAUUCCCCGGUGAAGGGUAAGACUGCAAUGCACGCCGCCGAUCCCUCUGUGCGGCCGCCGACUCCAGUGCGUCCGCCACCAUCCUCUGCCUCGAGUGCGACUCUGCGUACACCUCAGGAUAACCAGGGAUCCAUCUCAAUUUCUGGAGUCCCAGUCACUCGACCAGGCGCGGGAAAUGCAUCCAAGGUCAGGGUAGUGCGGCAGUGGACGACACGAGGGACGACCGCUCAAGUGUGCUAA